AUGUACAAUGCUGACCGACGUUCGAAAGAAUUCAUUGAUGGCCUGCAUUAUUUUUUGUCUGUGGCUGAGGCAAACAAGCAGAAUGGUUUUAUGUGCUGCCCGUGUGUUCAUUGCAACAAUAACAAGGAUUACUCAUCUUCAAGAAUUCUACACAGCCACAUUUUCGCAAAUGGUUUCAUGAAAAAGUAUGUUUGUUGGACGAAGCACGGAGAACAGGGGGUUACCAUGGAAGACAAUGAAGAAGAAGAUUUUGACGACCACUUUCCCGGGAAUGCUGGAAUCGGUGCAUUCGAUGACGAUAUUCCCAUGGAAGAGCCCGAAGUAGAUGUAGCAGAAAAUGAUCCCAGCGACGAUCUGGGGCAAGCAUUGCACAAUGUGCAGGCAGACUGUGAGAGUGAAACGGAGAGGUUGAAGUUCCAGAAGUUGUUAGAGGACCACCAUAAGUUGUUGUACCCAGAUUGUCAAAAUGGAUUUAAGAAACUUGGCACCACCUUGGAGUUGCUGCAAUGGAAGGCGACAAAUGGUGUAUCCGACAAGGGAUUUGGUGAAUUACUCAAACUUGUUAAAAAAAUGCUUCCUAAGGACAAUGAAUUGCCUGCCACAACGUAUGAAGCCAAACAACUUGUUUGCCCUUUGGGACUGGAAGUGCAAAAGAUACAUGCAUGCCCCAAUGACUGCAUCCUCUACCGAGGCGAGUACGAGAAUUUGGAUGCAUGUCCCGUAUGCAGUGCAUUGCGUUACAAGAUUAGAAAAGAUGAUCCUGGAGAUGUCGAGGGAGAGCCUCCCCGGAAGAGAGUUCCUGCGAAGGUCAUGUGGUAUUUGCCUAUAAUACCACGUUUGAAGCGUCUGUUUAGAAAUAAAGAUAAUGCUAAGUUGAUGCGAUGGCACAAAGAGGAACGCAAGAAAGACUCGAUGUUGAGACACCCCGCUGAUGGGUCGCAGUGGAGAAAAAUAGAUAGAACGUACCCUAAAUUUGCUUUGGAUGCGAGAAACAUAAGGUUCGGUUUGAGUACGGAUGGCAUGAAUCCUUUUGUGCUUAUCCCGGGUCCAAAGCAGCCCGGAAAUGACAUUGAUGUGUACCUAAGACCAUUGGUCGAAGAACUCUUAUUGCUCUGGGGCGAUGAAGGUGUACGGAUGUGGGAUGAAUACAAACAGGAAAACUUCAACCUACGAGCAUUGCUGUUCGUAACGAUCAAUGACUGGCCUGCUCUUAGUAACUUGUCAGGACAUUCGAACAAGGGAUACAAAGCAUGCACACACUGUUUAGAUGAUACCGAUAAUAUAUGGUUGACUCACUGUAAGAAGGUUGUAUACAUGGGUCAUCGUCGGUUUCUUCCCAUCAGGCAUGCGGUACGAAAGAAGGGCAAGCAUUUCAAAGGCCAAGCGGACCACCGAACAAAACCGAUGCACCGUAGUGGUAAAGACGUCUUCAACAUGGUAAAAGAUCUAGAAGUUGUUUUUGGAAAGGGAUCUGGUAGCCAACCUGUUCCGAACGAAAAUGGAAUGGCGCCCAUGUGGAAGAAGAAAUCUAUAUUUUGGGAGCUACCAUAUUGGGAAGUCUUAGAUCGAGAUAAUGGACGACAAUACUUAAGUCCUGCCAGCUAUACUCUUAGCAAGGAAGAGAAAGAAACCAUGUUUGACUGCUUGAGCAGUAUAAAGGUUCCAUCUGGAUACUCAUCCAAUAUAAAAGGAAUCUUAAAUUUGGCAGAGAAGAAAUUUACAAAUCUCAAGUCCCAUGACUGCCAUGUGCUUAUGACCGAACUUCUUCCGGUUGUGCUGCGGGGGAUUCUGCCUGAUAACGUCCGGUUAACCAUCGUGAAGAUAUGUGCCUUCCUCAACGCAGUUUCUCAGAAGAUAAUUGACCCGGAGAAUUUGAUAAAGCUGCAAAACGAUGUGGUGCAAUGUCUUGUUGGCUUUGAGCUGAUAUUUCCACCAUCUUUCUUCAACAUCAUGACACAUCUUCUAGUGCACCUUGUCAAAGAGAUUGAUAUUCUUGGACCAGUAUUUCUACACAACAUGUUCCCAUUCGAAAGGUUCAUGGGGGUACUCAAGAAAUGUGUUCGUAAUAGAGCUCGUCCAGAAGGAAGCAUCGCCAGUGCCUACGGAACUGAGGAGGUCAUUGACUUUUGUGUUGACUUUAUUGAUGACCUUAAACUGAUUGGAGUCCCUGAAUCGCGAUAUGAGGGGAGACUAACUGGAAAGGGUACAUUAGGAAAGAAAUCUUAUGUCUGCACAGAUGAUUUCUCAUUCAAGAAAGCGCAUUAUACGGUUCUUCAACAAUCAUCCUUGGUUGACCCAUAUAUCGAGGAACACAAGAAAAUUCUGCUCUCCAAUUUCCCGGAAAAGGGACCAUCUUGGAAUAUCUUAACAUACCAAGGGUACGAGAUAAAUGGAAACACAUUUUAUACGAUAGCCCAAGAUAAAAAGAGUACCAACCAAAACAGCGGUGUUCGUAUGGAUGCCACGGACAAUAAUGGAAAAAAAGACACAUAUUACGGCUACAUUGAAGAGAUAUGGGAGCUGGAUUACGGUCCCAAUUUCAAGGUGCCUCUAUUUCGUUGCCAAUGGGUUAAGCUAUCUGGAGGAGGGGUAACAAAAGAUGAGUAUGGGAUGACAAUAGUUGAUCUCAACAAUCUUGGGUAUAGAGACGAGCCAUUUGUCCUAGCCCAGGAUGUCGCUCAGGUUUUCUACAUUAAGGACAUGUCCAGCAAGCCAAAGAAGGGGAUCAACAAGCAAAAGGAUGAGCCUAAGCGACACAUAGUUCUAUCAGGAAAGAGAAACAUCGUUGGAGUGGAGGACAAGACAGACUUUUCAGAAGAAUAUAAUAAUUUUGUUGCCAUUCCACCUUUCGAAGUAAAUGCUGAUCCAUGCAUCCUGCUAGCCAAUGAUGAUGCUCCAUACUUGCGCCGUGAUCAUAAUCAAGGGACAUUUGUGAAGAGCAUUGCCAAGCUGCCUCCUAGCUCGCCGAAGGAGGGCGAUCAGUUGGGUGAUUCCGCUGAUGGCGUGGCAGGGAAUGUGGCCGUCGGGGAGGCGGAUAAGAAAUCUCCAGCUGCAAGCGCUGACAAACAGGGCGAGGAACGACCGAAGAGUUCCUCGGAUGCGGCCAAUGUUGAUCUAAUCCCACUGGGGAGGCCGCAGCAGGAGGUGGAGAAGGCGGUCGUGGAGUCGACUGGCGUUGCCCAGGGGAUUCUGGGCUGCCAUUCUGCUCUUGCUGAUAAUUCUGCUCUGAAAGAUAAGGCCUCCAAGCUGCAGGAGAAGGCCAAGGCUGCUGCCAAGGUGAAGAAAGAUGCUGUGGAGAGGCUGACCAAGAUCAAGGUUGAUGCUGACAAGUAG